UGGAAAUAAAGACAUCAUUAUUAAUAUUGAUAUUAGUGACAUUGUUUAUCAUAUUAUUAUCAAUGAAAAAAAUUCAAAAUGAAUAAUGAUAUAACCUCUGAUCUAGAGAAUUGAAUUCAUUAAAUGAAUUCAUAAAAUUGAAAUAAGAAAUUAUAAAAGAAAAAUAAUAGUGUUGUAUCUAGAAAUCGAAAAGUAAAACAAACAUAAAAAGCUACAGACGAAGCGUUGUCUCAUAGCAGGGAGGAAGAAGAAAGAAGAAUAAGGAGGUGGAAGAGAGAAGAAGAAGAAAAUAGGAAGAAGUUGUAGCAGAUCGAGAGCGAGAUCUGUAUGAUCCUUCAUCGGCUUUAAUACAUCCUCCUUCAACCCUUCAUCUUCAGCAAUUUCCGAAUCAAUCACUCCACCCAACCUAUUUUGGUUUCUCGGAGAUUCGGGAAGCUCGGUGAUUUCUUCAAAGGAAAACGCAGUGUGAUGUGCGACUGAUGAGAAAAAGAGAAAAAUUUGGUCAUCCAUGGGUCUCACCGUCGUUGCCUUGCGGAGUUGCGGGUGAGUUGAUUGGCUGGUGUGUUACCUCCCUAUGAUGGCAGAAUGGGAACUACAAACAUUUGCAGGCAGCGUCUUUUCUAUUUAGGGUUUAAAAAGUUGGGAGUUAUUUACUUUCCUGGGCCUUGUUUUAGUCGUAUUCUUGUAAUAUCAAAUGCGAGACUUAUCCUUGUGAUACACGAGUUUAACAUUUGAGUCACUCGUGACGUAACGAGAAAAAAGUGAUGAUAAGGGUAGGUGUCAAAUGUCAAAGGGCCUACAUAAUAAUACUACAAGAGCCGUACCAGACAUGUCGAAGUUGGCAAGCUGGAAAUAUUGGCAGUGAAUUCUCCUCCUCCUUUAAAUAGAAAUUCACAUCCCAUAUUAUCUUAUAAUCCAUCCUGGCCACUCAUUCGAAGACCCCACCUCAUAUUUAUCACCAAACAUAAUUCCUCAUGGCCGGAAGUCAACCCCUUGACCUCACCGUACUGGAUCAAUUCCGGGUGGCACCACCGCCGGAAUCCGCCGCAAGUCUCACUCUUCCGCUCACGUUUCUCGACCUGCUGUGGUUACACAUGAGCCCAGUUCACCGACUCAUCUUCUAUCACCACCCCAUAUCGAAAACGCAUUUUAUAGAUACCCUUUUUCCCAUCAUCAAAAAUUCUCUGUCCAAAAGCCUUCAACACUAUAGUCCCCUCGCCGGAAAGUUGAUAGUCUCAUCUGACAAUUCGAUCUUGCCGGAAAUCCGUUACGCUGACGGCGACUCCGUCCCGUUAGUCUUGGCGGAGUCUACACUAACCGAGGGCGAUUUUGACCGUCUAGUGUCUAACGGAGCUAAAAGCUGCGCUGAUUUUCAUCCGCUUGUUCCGAGACUAUCCCCGCCGUCAAGAAACUCUGACGGAUCUGCCCUGGUACCUCUGUUAGCGUUACAAGUGACACUAUUCCCAAACGUCGGGGUUUGCAUCGGCGUUACCAAUCAUCACGUCGUCGGUGACGGUAAAACCAUCUUCGGUUUCAUGAAGACGUGGGCUUUCUUUGCCGGCGACGGAGACCAAAAAGUCAAACCGGAUUCUUUACCGUAUUUCGACAGAACAGAGCUCAAAGAAGGCAGGGGAAAAUUAGAAACCAUUUUCUGGGAAAAUCUGAAGAAUCUCAAGAUCGAGGAUACCCAUGUUGACCUGCUUCCAACGAUCAAGAACAAAGUCCGUUCCACGUUUACACUGACACGUCGCGACAUCCAAAGGCUCAAGAGCCACGUCAUAGCUCGACGCCCGGAGCUGGCACACGUAACCUCAUUCACAGUGACGUGUUCGUACGUCUGGAAUUGCGUGAUACGGUCUCGCCACGUGGCGGGCGUGUACGCUAAUGACGAGGAAGAUGAGCUGUUUGGUUGUACGGCGGAUUGUAGGGCGCGUUUGGAUCCGCCGUUGCCGGAGAACUACUUCGGGAAUUGCAUCACGGUUUGUUAUGGAUAUGCGAAGGUUAAGGAACAGGUGGGUGAGGAUGGGUUGGCGGUGGCGGCGGGAGUGAUCGGAGAAAGCAUACGUGGCCAGCUGUACAAUAAAGAUAAAGAUGGAGUCUUCAAAGGAGCUGAAGAUUGGUUUACGCUCCUAUCCACAAUUAACAUGGACCGUACAUUGAGUCUUACUGGGUCCCCCAAGUUUGCCUAUUAUGGGUUAGAUUUUGGAUGGGGGAAGCCUAAAAAGCUUGAGAUUCCAUCGAUAGAUAUAACAGGGGCCAUGUCUCUGAGUGCAAGCAAGGAUGCGGAAGGUGCACUUGAGAUUGGUUUGGCACUGCCCCUUACACAAAUGGAUGCUUUUACCAGAUUUUUUGAGGAGGGUUUGAAGGCCUUGUAGGUUGGGUUUGACCUCAUUGACCUGAAACAAUGGGGAGCUAUGUUGAACGGAAACAUGAAAGUCAUGAGGAAACGAGGAAACGGGAAACGGGAAACAUCAAAUGUUGCCCAAAAAAGACUUGUUUCGAGAGUUUCCAAGAGUUUCCGUAGAGUUUCCGAAACGGAAACGUACUCCUUCCCAAGAGUUUCCGUGCUACAUAGAUGUGGAGUAUUUAUUUUUUGCCAAUAAAAUUCGGAUACCCUUGAUGAUUAUAUCAGGGUGCUUGUCAUAUUUUGAAGUUCUGCCUCAAAUAGGGAGGUGUCUACCCCAUGUAGCUAUUCUCGAAAUCUCUUUGUAUCGUUUUAGUACUUCCCCGUCAGAUCAAAGUAAUCUAACCGUUACUUUUCUUCUC